UUUUUUUCUUCUCCCCUUUUAUUUUUCUUUACAAUAAAAGUAAGAUGAAGAUCAAUGGAGAAACUUUGUAUAUUGGUUUUCACCAAGUUCUUUUUUUAAUAUCUGGGCUUUGUACAACUCUAGGGAUUCAAUGGUUAUUUUAUCAUGGAGCAGCAACGGGUGACAGUUAUUUAGCGCAAUUAUCACAAUAUCUUGGCAUGGUUUUAGUCGGUUUAAUUAUACCUAUUUUAUUAAAAAAUAAAAAAAAGGGCUAUAGUCAAGUUAAUCAAGAAGAAGAACUAGCAGAAAUAGGCCAUAUCAAUAUGGUACAAAUAAAUCAUGAUAAUAUUACAAGUACAGAAACUCAUAUACCCAAUCAAGAUAUUACAUUGUAUGAAGAAGGACCUAUUUCACAUAAAUCAGUUAUUAAAUUGUCUGUAUUAGAUGUAUUUGCUAACUUUUGCGUUACUGUUGGCUUUUCAAUCAUUGGUAGUGGCGUUAUUUAUAGCAGUGUUGUUAUCUGGUGUGCUAUUUUAAAUUGGUUACUUAUGAGUCGAUCUUUAUCUAAAUUACAAUGGUUUUCUAUAUUUGGUACAAGUGCUGGUUUAGCUGUUAGUUCAAUGGGUAAUUUCCCUUUAGAUCAUCAGUCACCAGUAUCUUUAUUGAUGUUUGGCACUUUAAUGACUUUAGGCGGUACAUUCUUUUACUCCUGUGUUUAUGUUUAUUCUGAUUAUCUUAUGUCACAACAAAGGCCUCCACCAUUACCUGCUAGAUUAUGCUUUUAUACAGGUGUUUAUACAUCAUGUAUUUCACUUGUUUGGAUUUCUAUAUAUACUUUACCUCGAUUUAAUCAAUUAAUACAUAUAAAGGAGUCAACUACAAUCGAACAUGUAUGCUUUAUGUAUAUAUUAGUAAUAGUGGCUAAUGCAACCCAUUCAUGGAAUUAUUAUGAACUUAUUGAACGAACAGGAAGUGUAAGACCCAAUCUAUAUAUCCUUUUGAAUUGAUAUAAUAUCUUAUAUAAUAGUGUCUACUUUAUAGGUAGCUACUGGUAUUUUGCAAGGUUUAAGAGCAGUUUUAGUUUAUGUUAUUAGUGAUUCAUGGUAUUGUAAAACAGACCCUGCACAAUGUAAGUUAUGACAAGUAAUUUCUUUUGUUAUCCUUCUAAUGCUCAUCUAUUAUUAGGCUUUACAAUGUAUAAAGGAAUUGGUUCCAUUCUUGUCAUUGGUUGUGUGUUAUUAUUUACUUUAGGACGACAUCAUAAUAAUGCACAAAGUAUAGAUAAAAAGAGCUUAGUUGAAUAAUAAAACUAUUAUUUAUAACUGAUAUUUAAAUCAUUC